UCCAACCUGGCCCUAAUCCUCUUCCGUACCUUGGACUCCCAGAAGGAAGACGUGUUUUUUUUUUACCAAGACGUGGAGUGAAACACGGAGGAGUGAGACCUCUCUUUCCACUAUCUGUGGCGGAGAUCGCGGUCCCGCUGACGUCACGGCGGUACAUUUAUCCGCCCAGUCUGCUGCUUCCUGCUGAGUCUCCACUCCGUCGCUAGAAGCUGCACACUUUGCUGGCUCCGCCGCACAACACAACACACUCCUAAGUUCAGGAAUCAGGGAAGCGUCGACAUUUCAGGUGGAGUGGUGUUGAGGAGCUCACUGAACAGGACUGCAGCCAUCAUGGUGAACAUCCCAGAAUACUAUGCAGGGAAAACUGUGCUGAUCACUGGAGCAACAGGCUUCAUGGGCAAGGUGCUGCUCGAGAAGCUGCUGAGGUCCUGCCCGGAAGUCAAAGGUGUCUAUGUGAUGGUCAGGUCCAAAGCUGGUCAGAGCCCUCAGGCCCGCAUCGCUGACAUGAUCAACUGCAAGUUGUUUGAAAGGUUGCAAGACGAGCAGCCGGGCUUUGCAGAGAAGAUCAUAGCGGUGAGCAGUGACCUCACGAUGCCAGAGAUGGAUCUGAGUAAAGAGGACCAGAGCAUCCUGGCCGACAGCAUCAACAUUGUUUUCCACUGUGCUGCCACCAUCCGCUUUAAUGAGCCACUUAAAGAUGCGAUGCAGCUGAAUGUCCUGGCCACCCAGAAGAUGCUGGCCCUGGCCCACAGGAUGAAGCACCUGGAGGUCUUCCUUCAUGUCUCCACAGCCUACGCCAACUGUGACCGAGAGCUCAUCGAGGAGGUUGUGUACCCACCACCUGUAGACUACCGCAGACUCAUCGAUUCUCUGGACUGGAUGGAUGAUGAGCUGGUGUCUGCUAUCACUCCCAAGCUGAUCAAGGAGCGUCCCAACACCUACACCUACACCAAAGCCUUGGCUGAGUACUUGGUGCAGCAGGAGGCCGGCGACCUCAACGUGGCCAUCGUCAGACCGUCGAUAGUUGGAGCCAGCUGGAAAGAGCCCUUCCCAGGUUGGAUUGAUAACUUCAAUGGACCGAGUGGGAUAUUCAUUGCAGCUGGUAAAGGGAUCUUGCGUACAAUGAGGGCAUCUAAUGAUGCCGUGGCUGACCUGGUGCCUGUGGACGUUGUCAUCAAUGCCACAGUGGCUGCAGCUUGGUACUCUGGAUCACAGGCACGAAACAGGUCUAGAAACAUCCUGGUUUACAACUGCACAACCGGUGGAGUCAACCCAUUUCGCUGGGGGGAAGUCGAGUACCAUGUAAUAUCCACAUUCAAGAGGAACCCCCUUGAGCAGGCCUUCCGUCGGCCCAAUGUUAAUCUCACAUCCAAUCACCUAAUCAAUCAGUACUGGAUCGCCGUGAGCCACAAGGCUCCGGCCUUCCUCUAUGAUCUGUACCUCAGGCUGAUUGGAAGAGAGCCCAGGAUGAUGAAGACAAUCACACGCCUCCACAAGGCCAUGAUGGUCCUGGAGUAUUUCACCAGUCACUCCUGGGUGUGGAACAAUGACAACAUCGUCAUGCUACUCUCCCAGAUGAGCCCAGAGGAUAAGAAGGUGUUUAACUUUGAUGUGCGUCAGCUGCACUGGGCGGAGUACAUGGAAAGUUACUGUAUGGGAACCAAAAAAUAUGUCCUCAACGAAGAGCUGUCGGGCCUGCCUGCUGCACGCAAACACCUCAACAAGCUGAGGAACAUCCGCUACACCUUCAAUACCAUCCUCGUGGUGCUCAUCUGGCGCGUCUUCAUCGCCCGAUCCCAGAUGGCCAGAAACAUCUGGUACUUUGUGGUGAGCCUCUGCUUCAAAUUCCUCUCCUACUUCAGAGCUUCCUCCACAAUGAGAUAAUGAGCCCGGGACGGGGAGGCAGGUGGCGAGGCAAAAGGGGCAAAGAAAUGAGAAAAAAAAAGAAAAAAAAACACUGGCUGUGGAUGAUUAAAAAGGUCCUUGAGCUCAAAGCCCUUAAAACGGUCCCAUGACAUCUGUCUCUGGCCCCGCUCUUUGCCCCGACACUCGAGGAUUAAAUGGAAAAAAAUGAAACCCACGAACACAGACAGAGCUACUGGACAUGCCUGGAGUCCACAACGGUCUGAAUGUUACAUGUCUCGGAUCUAUCUAAGCUGAUCUCUUGCACUUCAUAAAACACAGAGGGCAUGGAUUUAUCUCACAAUGUACAAUGCUCAGACUAACAGCACUUAACAGAUGAGUUAAAGACCACAAGACCACACCGCCCUCAUCCUAUUCACGGCCACUCAAUCUGGUCCCCCCUCAGGUGCCAGCUUUACCGCUGCAAUCUUUAAGCUCUCCUGCACCCGAAACCUGCUUCAUCUCGUCUGUCUGUAUGCUCACCUGGAUGCCUGCCUGCAAAACAAAAGCUAUGCAUUGGUCGAUGCUUUGCUACAAAAACCCUUCUACUGGUUUCCAGUCGGUCCAGGCUAUAUGUAAUCUUUCAUUGAAGAAUAACCAUUUCUCUGCUGUCACCUGAAAACUGUCCUCUUUUUUUUUUUUUCUCGUUUAAGAUUUGCGUGUGGUUCUUGUCUUGCUAGUCCUGAUAAAAUGUCUUAAAAAGCUGUUACAAAAAAUGUCUGUUAAUCAAAGUUUUCAUCUGACAGCAAGUUUUGUUUAAGCUACUCUCUGCUUGUGGGGCAGUUGAGCCAGUUUUGCGUGUUCGUUCGGAGGCAGUUGAAAGCUGUUUCUGUACCGACUCUGUGAAGGAUUGUUCCCAGACGGACGAGCCUAGAAAUCACUGUUUAUACUCUGUCUUGCCCUUCAGACCCCAUCCCCAAAACCAAAGCCAUUUCAUCCAAUAUUAGAGAGUUGAAAGCGCUGAAAGCUCGGGGUAAAGUGAGAGUUGACAUUGUAACGUCACCUAGACUGACACGUGCCCCACCAAGAGUUGUCAGUGGUUGUCUCUCACUCUUCCUGCUUGGGAAAGGCACACACUCCUGUAUGUCCCCAGUGAGCUGCUGGCUAAUUACAACCGUGCACAACGUAGAUUGUAAUACGAUGGGUUCAUCCAGUGCCUACAAACGGAUUGUUCUUGCAUCAGCAGAUCCUGCAAACCAAGCUUCCUCUACAGGUUCCUUUUGUCAUUUCUUUGUGUCAUUUGGUCUUAAAGUUAUUUUUGCCAAAAUACCUCUUCGCUAACACUUGUAGCUCAGUAGAGGAUGAGACAGGUGGAGUUGAGAGGAGGAAUAUUGUCACUUUGGGCUUUAUCUUCAUACGGAUUGAGAAUAGGAAUUUUCACUGCUGGUUGACAAAUACCGAGUCGUUGAUAUACACUGUGGUUAAUGGCUCUCAUUCAUAGUCUGUUAGUACACUACUUUUCAGGUAACUCCGACUGUAGUCCACCAUCUUUGUGAAAAGUUUUGUUAUGUGACUUUGAUCAUUUUUCUGUGUUUACAUACUUUUUAUGGGUCAUAGUUUAUCAUGUUACUUGUUCAUUUACUAUCUUAGUUGCUUCUGUACAUAUAGCUAUGCAGUGCAUUUGUCAUGUUGUUUAUAACCCGCUGUUAAACUCUUUGACCUUUGACUUGUUACAUUAAAAAAAUUUACUAAUCUGUAAAACAGA